GGAGUUCACUCAGUGCAGGGCCGGAGUGAGUGGUCAGCUCUCAGUGUUUGAGAGUGAAAAAUUAAUAACUGCGUAUUUUUUCCGUCAUAAAGUUCAUAUUAGACGGCUGUAUUACUCAGAUACAGUGAAGGCAAAGGCGAUGCCGCGGCGGAAGAGAAAUGCGUGCAGCAGCUCUGAUGGUACAGAGGACUCCGAUUUCUCCGCUGAUCACACGGACAGCUCAGAGAGCGACACUCAUGCUGCCAAAAACACUCGUCUCACGCGCUCCUCGCUCCGACUCAGCCAAAGCUCACAAGAUUCCAGCCCUGUCGGGAACUCGUCUGCUCUGGCCUCAGACGAGAUGAACUUUUCAACCCGCCGAGUGACCCGCAGUCAACAGCAGGGGGAGCCGGUCGCAGCCAGGAAAAGCGAAAUCCCCCUGCGGCAGAGCGGCUCGGAGGCGGAGCGGCAUGGGGAAGUCUCAGACAGGGAUGCAAAGCAAGUUGCAGACCAGGAUGAAUCUCCCCCCCGGACCCCCACAGGAAAUGCCCACUCCUCUGAGUCUGAUAUUGACAUGUCCAGCCCCAAUGUGUCUCAUGAUGAGAGUCUGGCAAAGGAGCUUUCUCUGAGAGAGUCCAGCCUGGCUCACCGGCCAAAACGUCGCCGUUUCCAUGAGAGUUACAACUUCAACAUGAAGUGCCCCACGCCCGGCUGCAACUCAAUGGGUCAUUUAACCGGGAAGCACGAGAGGCACUUUUCCAUAUCCGGCUGUCCACUGUACCACAAUCUUUCAGCAGACGAGUGCAAGGUGAAGGCCAGUUCUCGGGACAAACAUGUGGAGGAGAGGACGCUGACCCACAGCCAGGAAGAGAAUCGACACUCCACACGCCAUCAGGCUCCUGUGGAGCGUCAGCUGCGCUAUAAGGAGAAGGUGACAGAGAUGAGGAGGAAGCGGAAUUCUACUCCUGUAAAAGAGCACAAAGAGAAAUAUGUGGAGCACAGGCAGGCUCAUGGCUCAAGUCGUGAGCCGCUGCUGGAGAACAUCACCAGCGAUUAUGACCUGGAGCUGUUUCGGAAAGCGCAGGCACGUGCCUCGGACGAUCUUGAGAAGCUGCGGCUCCAGGGUCAGGUGACUGAGGGCAGUAACAUGAUCAAAACCAUCGUGUUUGGACGCUACGAGCUGGACACCUGGUACCACUCGCCCUACCCUGAGGAGUAUGCCCGGCUGGGUCGCCUCUACAUGUGCGAAUUCUGCCUCAAAUACAUGAAGAGUCAGACCAUCCUUAGACGACACAUGGCGAAAUGUGUGUGGAAGCAUCCGCCGGGCGAUGAGAUCUACAGGAAGACCGCCAUUUCCGUUUUUGAAGUGGAUGGCAAGAAGAACAAGAUAUACUGCCAGAACCUGUGCCUCCUAGCUAAGCUUUUCCUGGACCACAAAACUCUCUACUAUGACGUGGAGCCCUUUCUCUUUUACGUGAUGACUGAGGCAGACAACACGGGCUGCCACCUGGUGGGAUAUUUCUCAAAGGAAAAGAACUCCUUCUUGAACUACAAUGUGUCCUGCAUUCUGACCAUGCCGCAGUACAUGCGACAGGGCUACGGCAAAAUGCUGAUAGACUUCAGCUACCUGCUGUCUAAAGUGGAGGAGAAGGUGGGCUCCCCUGAGCGGCCCCUGUCUGACCUCGGCCUCAUCAGCUACAGGAGCUACUGGAAGGACGUGCUGCUGCGUUACCUGCACAACUUCCAGGGAAAAGAGAUCUCCAUCAAAGAGAUCAGCCAGGAAACGGCCGUAAACCCUGUUGACAUCGUCAGCACUCUGCAGUCUCUCCAAAUGCUCAAGUACUGGAAAGGGAAGCACCUGGUCUUAAAGAGACAGGACCUGAUUGAUGAAUGGAGAUCCAAAGAGUUGAAGCGUGGAAGCAGCAAGACCAUCGACCCCACAGCUCUGAAAUGGACCCCACCUAAAGGAACAUAGUGGCUCUCCAGUGUCUCUCCCACGCUUCUUCUGCUGCUCUGUGGUCACUCUAGAAUAGUUUCUUGCAUAACAAGCUGUAGUCACUGUCUCCGCUACAGCCAGCAUGUACUCACAGCUCACCGUGUCAUGUAAAAGGCUAGUUCAGUGCUCCCGAAAUCCCUGCACAACAUUCCGCUCCCUGGAAUUGAUGGGCAUGGCAAAAUUUUCGAUUUCACCCCUGUGGACAGAGGGGUACAGGCUGAAUUACACAAAUCAGAAACGGCCAAAGAAGUAAAUAUAGAAAAUAUUAAUUAUUACUAAAUAUUGAGUGCUCUGUGGAGUGGGGUUCAAAAACUUAAAAACAAGCGAAUAUCUAAAGGGCAGUUCCACCAAUUUUUCACAAUUUCUACAUAAUGAAAUGGUCAAGAUGUAAACCGAGUCAUUCAGAGCGGUUUGGUGUGAAAUUCCUUUGUAGAGAAACUUACAGAGUCAGAACUGUUCACAGUG